AUGUAAUUUACUUUUAUUAAAAACACUAUGUUUGUGAAUGCAUCGAUAUUUGGCAUCACGUUGUAAUGCCAUUGUAUUCCGCUUGGGGGACACCGUCGUUCUUUUGAACCAAAUUGACGUCACGCAAGUGGUACCUACGCCAUUUUACACAAAGUAUGGAGGACAAGGCGUCAUUAAAAGAACUGGAUCAAUGGAUAGAACAGCUAAAUGAAUGCAAGCAAUUGACAGAAAACCAAGUGAAAACGUUAUGCGAUAAGGCAAAGGAGAUUCUAACUAAAGAGUCCAACGUGCAAGAAGUGAAAUGUCCGGUCACCGUUUGCGGCGACGUCCACGGUCAGUUCCACGACCUGAUGGAGCUGUUCCGCAUCGGAGGCCGCUCGCCCGACACCAACUACCUGUUCAUGGGCGACUAUGUGGACCGCGGUUACUACAGCGUGGAGACGGUCACAUUGCUUGUUGCACUUAAGGUUAGAUAUCGUGAGAGAAUAACAAUCCUCCGCGGUAAUCACGAAUCACGUCAAAUCACCCAAGUCUACGGCUUCUACGACGAAUGCCUCCGUAAAUACGGCAACGCGUCCGUGUGGAAGCACUUCACGGACCUGUUCGACUUCCUGCCCCUCACCGCGUUGGUCGACGGGCAGAUAUUCUGCCUGCACGGCGGCCUCAGCCCGUCCAUAGACACGCUGGAUCACAUCCGCGCCCUGGACCGCGUGCAGGAGGUGCCGCACGAGGGGCCCAUGUGCGACCUGCUCUGGAGUGAUCCCGAUGACAGAGGCGGAUGGGGUAUAUCGCCCCGCGGUGCCGGCUACACGUUCGGUCAGGACAUAUCGGAGACGUUCAACCACAGCAACGGCCUGACGCUCGUGUCGCGCGCGCACCAGCUGGUCAUGGAGGGCUACAACUGGUGCCACGACCGCAACGUCGUCACCAUAUUCUCAGCGCCCAACUACUGCUACAGAUGUGGUAACCAAGCCGCCAUAAUGGAAUUGGAUGAUGCGCUUAAGUACUCAUUCCUGCAGUUCGACCCGGCUCCACGGCGCGGUGAACCGCACGUGACGCGACGGACGCCGGAUUACUUCAUGUAGGCUGCACCGCUGGCGCCCCCGGAGCAGGAGCGUCGAGCGCGCCGGCGGCCGGCCGCGCCGCGCGCCGCCCCCGCCCCCCGCCGCCCGGGCCCGGCCCCGCCCCCCGCCCGCCGCCCGUCGCGCGCCGUCCGCGCCGCCCGCCGCAGCCUGCUGCGCGUCGCGCACUGGCUCGCCGCGAUCUGAUCCCCCGAGCCGACCCGCGAGCCGACCCGCGAGCCGACCCGCGAGCGCGUAUGCGUGUGUUCUUUUCCAACGUGACUAUGCAAUUGUGCGUGUGGCCGUAGUCGAGCUCGACACGCGAACGAUGCACAUUGAUUUCGAAUCGUUGCUAUUGCUGACGUUGCGCAAACGCAUCAUAUUGCAGGCAUGAUUUUGGAAACUGACGCAUAAUCGUAUCGCUCGUGCUGUGGGUUUUGUGUUCUUGACAUAAUCUAUUCGUUUUGUGGUCGCCGCCGACUGAUAGAUCGACUGAGUCAGGAGAUUGAAUGUAAUCAGUGUUUUUAUUCCGUUCAAAAUGUCGUUUCAGUAUUGAAAUGGCAGACGUUUUAGGUUAUGUCGAAACCUACAGCAUGGUCGAUUGUAUGAAAUGUUUCUGGUAUACGUCAUUGAAUGUUUCUCGAUAAUUUAACCUAAUGCCAUGUGAAGUUUGGAUGUUGUAUAGAAUUUUGUUAAGAGCACAAUAAUAAUAAAACAAAUAGAUAUUUAUGUAUUUGGUUUGUAAAUCCAAAUUUGUUGAGUAAAUAUCUCGUUCAUGAGAAUCUUAUCUGUUCAUUACGAUGUACUUUAGAGUGUCGGUGUAUGUAAAAAUAAACAUGUAGCGUUUACAGUGCGCUUAAUAUUAUCUUUUUGUAUAGUAGUCUAGUUUACUAUAUAAAUCAUUUUAAGGACCCUACUCUAAUGUCGAGCGGUUAAAUGGCGGGAACGUGGGCUGUGGCGUGCAUUAUAUAUACAAAAUUAAAAUUAUUAUGUGAUGUUUUUAAAAGUGACGGCGGGCGCCGGGCGCGAAUGAAUUAUAAUUCACCGCAAUUUUAGGUUCUUGCCCCUUCGACAUCGCACAAAUUCUCAGCUAACCGAUUUCGAACCUUAUUGCAACGGACAUAACGUUCGACAUCGGUGAGCUGCGAGCUUGUCCGAUGGUCUCGCCCGCGCUAUUUAUGCUGGUAUGUUCAUUAUGCGCGGCCGGACGGCGCGACCGGUUCACUGUUGUAUGUAACUUACGAUGUAUCAAAGACACUUAGACCUCAUUAAACAGCGUACAUUUGCUAUACGGUAGUUUUAUUUCAACAGAAAGUCACCAUCGAUUGGCGGGAACGAUGAAUGGACAUACCACCAUAAGAACUUUGGUGAUCGAACAAAUCGAGUGUAGCCGUCUUGGGGUGACCCUCGUAUAAUUUCUUUUUUUUAUAUAUUACAUAAAAAAAUUGCCUAGUGAAAGAUUUUUUUUAUUUUCGUAGAUAACAUCUAUAAAGUUCCAUUUUAUUGUUUUAAAACGUAAUUUUUAAACUAAUUAUUCUGUUUUUACUUACUUGGACUUGCUUUCCAUGAGCAAAUAAAAUAUAGCACAACAUACACACUGACGGGCGUACUCGUUGCUAUGUAUCUUGUGUGGAACAAUAGUAAGCAUUUAGUUUUAUGACAGAACGGUAGAAAAUAUUUACACAAAUUUAUAAUAUAUACGCAUGACUAAGUCACAUAAAAAAGUAUUAGAAUCCUAUAAGACGCGUUAAGAAUGCUCUGUGCGUCCGCUCUGUCAUAAAAUGUUUUGAGAUGUGCAUUUCGGGGUUGAUUUAUCGAAAUUCUCCUGUUCUUGUGCCACAGUACCUGUAUAACAUGGAAUAAAGUGUUUCACAAGCGUGGAGCUUUAA